UCUCUUUGAUCGCACAAAAAGAAAAGAAAAAAAAAACGAAAUACCCAAAAUGCCCUCACCGGCGGCCACUACCGUAACCCACCCCCACCUUGGGUUUCAUCAUUCUCUAUACUCCUCAGCCGCAAAGAAUCUUUUUCUCUCUCUUCCCGUCGUCCCCGAUUUCCCCAAAUCAAACCCUAGAAAGGUUGUCACCCUGUGCCAGAAGAAACCCAACCGUGGUAAAGAAGGUUCGAUUACAGUUAAGGGCAAGAAGGAAAAUGUGUGGAGCGUCGACAACGAGAUGGCCUCGAAGAGCGAAGAGAGAACCGGUCGAAGGAGGCAGAGGGGAAGGAAGGUGGUUAGGAGAAGGAGAAGCAAGAAUGGUCGAGGUGUCAUGGUCUCCGGAGCUAUGUUAAUAGAAGUCGAAACCGUUCUUCAAACUCAGGAACCUGUAAUAAAACCGAUGUGGAAUACGUUUGCUAGUAGUGUUAGCGGGAUAUGGAAGGGAGUUGGAGCCGUAUUUUCACCCAUCACUGCAGAGAUGGAACCAGUUGAGAUUGGGAAUAAGAACGAAAACUUGUUCGAUUGCUACACAUCUUCUCGAAUUGAGGCCAUUCCAUCCUCUUCUAUAGGGAAGACAUCACAGAUUCAGAGGAAGAUAAAUUGGGUGACUCUAAAUCCUUAUGGGGAGAUACUACAGCAUAGUGGAGACAGUGAUCGAACUAAAGAAGGCAGGGAAGAAGAUGGUGAAGAUGUAUACGUUUCCACAGGAACAAUGACAAAAUCUGGUAAAUAUACAGCUCUUCCAAAAUUUGGGUCUUAUGACUUUGACAAAAGUGAUGUGAUGGAAGAAGACAUUAUGGGAAAUGAACCUGGACUUGUUUAUUUUGAGGAUGGAUCUUAUUCAAGGGGUCCUGUUGAUAUCCCAGUUGCUGAUGUGGAUGACUCAAACUACUACCUGUCACCAACUUUCAAGUUUGAACAAUGUUUGGUGAAAGGUUGCCACAAGAGACUACGGAUUGUUCAUACUAUAGAAUUCAGCAAUGGUGGCUCAGACAUACAAAUAUUGAGAGUUGCUGUUUAUGAAGAAGAGUGGAUUAGUCCUGCCAAUACUCAUGACAAAAGUGACAUGAAUUUCAAUGCAGUGCCAUUCUCUCAGCGCAAACGAACCCAGCCAUUACAUCUAACAGGGUCCUGGAAGGUGUUCGAGAUCAAUGCUACUCCGGUGUUCAGCGACGAGCCAGCGAUAGAGGAAAAUAAUGGCUCCCCAUAUGUCUAUCUUUGCACAGAGGCACUAAAGAAGCGAAGCUUGCCGGAGAGUGCUAUCCAUUUUGGAGAGGAAGAGAUACUAGACAUGCAGGACGUGAGCAUGCUUUGGCUUCCGGGCGGUGUCACUGCGUAUGUAGAAGUAAACAAGGACGGCACUCUUUGCAUUGGAGUUGGCUGGUACUCAGAUGAAGGAAUCAACCUAGUCAUGGAAAGGGAUUAUGGUGUUGAUGGAAAGCUAAAGGAGGUUCGGUCGAAAUCAGAACUGAAGAGGAGGUGGUCUGAUCCACUCCCUCUAUGAUUUUUUCCUCUUUGAAUCAAAAACUGCUUCGACUAUUUUAAGGAGUUAUAUGGUGUUGUGGUAGAGAAAGCAUACACAAAUACUCAACGUUUGAAUUCUGUAUAUAGGAAAAUUCUGCAGAGUACAAAUUUUUUACCUCAA